AUGGACGAUAUUUCCUACAGUCUGAUUCAAUGGGUAAGGUUUAUGUAGCUUAACAAAAUGAAUUUGAGCCAUCCUUGUGAAAAAAUAUCAGAACUAUCUGAUGGCAUUUUGCUCUAUGAGUUGAUGGCUAAACUGUAAAACUUAUAAAGGUCGCCAGAUCAUUUUGACAUAGAGUGCAUAACGCUUGAUGCACGUGAUAACUGAGCUUUAAAGCUAGCUAACCUCCGAAGGCUCAAAAAAACAAUUGACUCUUAUCUAGACCAGGUUGUACAAGCUCCUCAUGAUCGUUUUGGAGAAAUUGACCUUGCAAAUAUAGCAAGAAAAGAGUCAACUGAUGAUAUAGUCAGCUUAAUGGAGCUCGUUGUUUUCGCAAUAUUAAAUUCACCUCAAAAAGAAAAUUUCAUUCAUCCUAUAAUGCAAUUGGAUGAAAAAUGCCAAACGCAACUUAUGUUCUUUAUUCAAAAAGUCUUACUCCCCUUUGUUAGCAAGCCAGCUAUCAGAAAAAUCUUUAUUUUUUAAAAUAGCCCCUCUUGAUUCGCGAGCAAAAAAUUUUUUAACAAUAAAUAAACUAGAUAUUUUACAUUCAUUUAUAAUUAUAAAUAAAAUGAUCUGAAAUAAAUUAUAUUAAAUUUAGACAGCUUGAAUUUUUAAAAUAUAAAAUUAGAUUUUUAAUGUUUUAAAAAAAUCCAAAAAAAUUAUUCCUAAUGAAAUUAAUAAAAAUAUUUAUAUUUGUUAGCUGUAAUCGACCUUAUAAUUGAAAAUAGGAUAGCAUCGGUGGUUGUAUAAUUUUAUUCAUUGCAAUUAGGUAUAUAUAAUAAUAUUUAGUUGAAAAAAUUAAUUCCUUUCGUAAGAGCCAAAAAAAAAUUGUUUUCUAACUAAGAUGGGAUGUAGGAAAUGAACUUCCAACAAAUCAGCCACCACCUCCAGACCCCGAGCGGAAAGAAGUGCACAUUUUACGACACGAAAAGAAGCGACUUACAUACAAAAUCCAAGCAAUGCAAGAAGAGCUAUCACAGCUGGCGACACAAAAGCAUGAAAUCGCCAGUGAAAGAGAUGAGCUGAAAGCAAUGAACUGCAAUUUAGAAAGCGAAUUGGUGCGAAAAUCACCAUCAUUAUUAUCCCCUAAUAUUACUUUUAUAGAGCUAGAAUCCAAAAUCAGUGAAAAAGAAGGCAAACUAUCAGUAAUACAAGAAGAGCUAAGUGAAGCUAAAAGAAGAUAUGAAAGUGAAAUUGCAAGCUUAAGAGAUGAAUUAGACGUCGCAAAUUCAAAUGUUUUUAGAUUGCAACAAGCAGAAAAGCAAUUACAUACAUAUAAAAAGAAAUGCGAAAAUAUGGUAAAUGCAACAAAAAAGCUAUCUGAAGUAACGAAGCAAAGUGAGUAUUUGCAAAAAAAGGUAAGCUCGUUAGAAGAAGAAAUUAUUGACCUAAAUAAAGCUGCAAAAACGGCAAAUUUUAUAAAAGACCAGCUGGUGCAUGAAAAAGAAAAAUCUGAGUCUUUGGCUUUUGCGUUAGAAAAUAAGGAAAAGCAAAUUAAGCAGUUGACAAAGCAAUGCCAUGAUCUGGAAGAUAAGCUAAAUUUUGCAGAGACCAAGAUGCAGGAGCUGGAGAUAGAAAGAAGGCUUGAGUGUGGGUCAAAUAUGAGUGAUGACUCAUUUUCAUAUCAUAGAGGAUUAACUGGGCUAACUGUACUAGGAGAAGAAAUAAAUGAGCUAGCAAAAAAUGAGCAUAAAAAAGAAGAUUUCAAUCGAUCAACAACUAAAAGGCCUUCAAACUCGCUAGCUCUUGAGCACAUGGAUACCAUGGCCAAAGAGAAAUCGAUGAUAGAAGAAAAAUGUGAAAAAUACAAAACAAAGUCCAAACUCCAAAAUGAAGGGCUAAAGAUGCUUCAAGAAGAUUUCGAAUCUUACAAAUUUGAAAGAACGAAAAUCAUUAGUAAUCUUAUGGAGCAAAUAAACGCUCUGAAAAUGCAAGUAAAUGCCUUGCAAGAGUCACUUGCAAAUAGUCAAACAGACAAAGUCAAGAUGGAGCAGCUUCAAUAUGAAUACGAUAAAUUAAAAUCAUCUAAAGAAGGAUUUCUACAAGAAAUCAAAAAGCUUCAUGAGGAAAAAGACUUAAUGUACAGACGGUUUAUUGAAUGUAGAGAAGAAACAAUAGUUCUCCAAAACACUGCGAAUGAAAAAGAAAUAAAAAUAAGAGAAAAGACCCUCAAUGAGAAAUUGCUGAGUGAUAAGGUCAAAGAGCUGACUGAGAAAGAAAAAGUCUCUAUGGAAGUAAUAGAAUCAUUAAAAAAACAGAAACAAGAAGUCAACGAAGACUAUCAUAUCAAAUUCAUUGAGCUAGAAAGAGAGCUUAUAACUGAAAAAUCAGAAAAAGCUGGCCUUGCCUUGAGACUAAACGAUAAAGAUCAGAGAAUCGAAGAAAUUUUGAAAGAUAAAGCUGAGACUAUCAAAAUCCUAGAAGAAGAGCACCAUGAAGUGCUAGACAGAGUUAAAUAUGAAAACGAUAGAAAGAUCACUCAGAUGAUCACACAGACAGAAGAAGCUUUGAAUGAGCUUCAAAAUGAGCGAGAACAGCUUGCUGCUAAAUUAAAAUGUCUAAAAAGCAAUACAAUAAACGAAAUCACCAAAGCAAACACUGCCAAAGAAAUCCAGGGCUAUUUAGAUGAAAUUGCCAAGCUCAAUGGCAAACUUGAAGAAAAAGAAAAAGAAAUCGUCACGCUGCACAAGUCUAAUAAAGACCUCAAAAAGUGCUGGAAAGAGUCUGCUAAACUGUUAAAGCAUGUUUGGAAAGAGCUUGGAAUUGAAACUCAGAAGCUUGAAAAUGCAACUCAGCGAAGAAGGCUUGGAGGAAGCAUUUUGCAAUAA